AUGUGCACGUUGCCUCAAAGGUUUGUGUUCCACUGGGAGAACCUUGUGAUUGGCGUGGACUCAAAGACUGCUGCUCACCAAACAAAUGCCAAAAGAACGAAAGUCAAUCCGGCAAGUGUGUACGUGAAUGUAAGGCAUCGUAUACCCGGUGUCAAAGGGACGACGAAUGUUGUAGCAACAACUGUUUCCAGGGUGUUUGUGGAGCGAUAUAGACCUGAUUUCUUUUGA